GCCGUGUUUCCAUAACAGGUAGCGUGCUGUCCUUGUGAACAUGAGCACGAAUUAGCCAUUUGGCCCUGUGUACAACAGCAGAAGAAGCGAUGGCUUCGCCCUUUCUGAGAUUCUCUGUACUGAUUCAGAAGUAUCGGACACCACUGCUCCUGGCUGGAUGUGGGGGCAUCUUCUCUGCCAACAUUUUCUACCAUGUUUUCCCAGAUCAUACAUACAGAAAAGUGUACCAGGCCUGGCACAAAGGUGAACCAGCCAGUCUGUCUGAGAAGCUCAAGAGUGUCUUUGAGGAGGUGCUGAAUGAUUCUGCUGUCAACUCAACUGAUAACUUCAGUGCGUUUGCCGCCUUUGGAUUUCAUCCGGUAGGGGCGGGUGUCCCAUGGCUUCCCUCUGGAGCUCAGAUUGGCAUCCCUGCCAACUUCAACAGCACCACUGACGAUCCGUCAGGCAUCACCAAUCGUACUAUACUCAUCAAUGGCAAAGAAGUGGAGUGGGCCAGCGACUCGGGAACUGCUCUCAAAAAUUCCCUGGUGUUCUCUCCGGAGGCGCAGAAGUUUGCUAUAGCCCGAGAAGUGGCCCGGCUGGCGAACGGGGGUCCGGUCUUGCAUGCUGCAGUGGCUCCUGUGUGUCUGGCGGGGGCUUGUGUAUAUAGCGUAGCCCUCAAGCAAAUUUUUGGCCUACAUGCUGGGUCCAUCAUCCUCAGGGCGGGUGUUAAUGUCGUGGCUCUGGGUUUGGGAGUUGUGUCAUAUAUCCUGGCCUCUGAUGCUCUCAGCCAGUGGUUGGACUACCACUCGGACCGCCGUGCGGCAUGUCUGUCUAGUGACUAUGCAAAGGGUGGCAUAGAGUUCUAUGAGAAAAUCCUGACACGAAACAAGACCCUGCGCACUCUGAUGGGACCUAAAGGUGAAGAGAUGUAUGCUCCCAGUGGAAACUUGUUUCCUGGUCACAUGCUGAAACUCAGACACGCACCUUACACAUCUAGACGAGAUGGGAUUUUAAAUAUUUUGAAAAACGAGAACGUGUGAACUCCAUAUAUUUUAGUUAAACUAAAUCAUAUGUAAAGGAAUAGCUCUUGGAGUAUACCAUGUAAAAUUGUAUUGGGUACAUGUAUUUUAAGGAAAUGUGUUUAACUGUGAUGCGGUUGUUAUAACACUGUUAUAAAACUAUAACAUGUACUUGAGGGCUUUCAAGAUAAAACACACCAUUGUUUGAAACCACUUCUCUCUCAAUAAAUUAUUUACAAGAUUA